AUGGCGAAUGAAGCUUCUGGCGGUGCGCCCACGCGGCUGGAACGCUUCGAUGGUUCGGAUCCAAGCCUCUAUAAGAGGUGGAGACGGAGGGCUGCAUUGAUGAUCAUCGGUCUGCCCAAUACAUAUCCUGCUGAGAAGCACGGUCCGAAAUUGAUCGAGUUUUUGGCUGGCGAGGCUGAGUUGGCGGUUGAACAUAUUCCCGUCGAAGACUUGGCGAAGAGCGGCGGUGAGAAACUAGUGUUUAAAGCAUUGGAUGAUCGCUUCAAGCCGCUCGAGAAGGACGACAUGAAUGAGGCGCUGAAGGAGUUUUUCUUUGAGACCUCAAUUCGGUCAGGUGAGACGAUGAAAGCUUUCAUCACCCGCUUCAUGACUGUGGAGCGAAAGCUGCAAGAGCAGGGCGUGGCACUCCCAGAGGAGGUUCAGGGCUGGUUCAUGUUGAGGAAAUUGCACCUGGACGCAAAUCAGGAGGCAAUGCUGCUCACAGCUACGCGUGGGUCGUUCAAAGUCAAGGAAGUGUCACAAGCAGUCAGGGCCAUUUUGGCCAAUGCGAAGGGUUCGACAAGGACCAGCCAGAAAGACACGUUCAUGUCGGUUGACGACUCAGUGCAAGAGGUUGACACCUCUUGGGACGAGGAUCAGGAAGUGCUUCAGGUCCUUGCUGCAGAGAUCCAGGAGAAUGACACCUAUGAUGAAGAGGAACUUCUGGACACAUUUGAGACGUACAAGCAAGUGAGGACCAAGAUGCAGGAGGUCCGAAAGGUUCACAUUGUGGAGAGUGAAUGGCCAGAGCAGGAGGACUAUGACAAGCUAUUAGAUCAGACAGCAUCCGAGAUUGAGCUAGGGUUGGACGCCUUUAUGAUCCAGGGGAGCGGAGAAAGCGCCAACACGCCGCGUUCCGUCAUGCUUGACCCGUGGAAUUUGUUGAGUUCGCUGCAGUUGGGACAUCUCAUGCCCAUGGAACAGCACCUGGAUCAGCAACACGACUUGGAGGACGAUUCACCUCGACAUCCUCAGAUUGCGGGGGACACGGUCAUGAUGGAGGGCAAGUUCAAGACAAAGCCACAUGCACCAGCCAACACCUUCCGGUACAUUUACACAUGCCAGAAGAACUAUACAGGUUGGGUUCGAUCGCACAUCGGGGGAACAAGCUCGCAACAUCUGAGGACCUUCAAGGCCUAUGUGGAGAUGCGAGACACCAAGAAGGCUCAGCGGUUGGAACGGGUGACCCAACGGCAUGGCCGAGAUGUGACAUUCCACUCGUCGGGCAUCGUGGCAGGCAGUCGACCGAGCGGAGGCAUCAGUGCAGAGUACACAGUGCAGCAGAUGGUAGUCCCACCUCUCCCGAAACGUCCCAGUCGGAUGCGGGAGAGCGAUGCAAUGUCAAACCACACCGCCCACAGCUGGCAGAUGGUGACAGGACCACCAGGCAGCACCUACGGAGUGCCGAUGCCGAAGAGGAUGAAUCAAGAGUCCAGGACACCACCCGAUCAGGUUCGACGCCGACGACAGAGGGACGACGACAUGGAGAUCGAGACAGCCAAGGCCGAGGAGCUUCAGUACACCUGGACCAUGUGGACCAUGGAAUUGAUGAACAAGAACGAAGAAGCUCGAGAGCAUGUGGAGAAGGAAGCCACCUGGAUGCAGAACACCCCAGGAGGACCCCAGAAAGUGGCACGCAUCUUGUCUCGGCUUGCGGUGAGUCAGACCACUCCUCACCAGGACGAGAACAAAGAAAAAGAAGAAAGGAAGAAGGCCAUGACGUUGCUUCUUUUCGGCAUUGAGAUGAGACAAGAAGCUAGAAAGGCUUUCAUCGAUGCUGACAACGAGGAUCGAAUCCGAAGGGCUGUCGAGCGUCGCACGCGUCCGGAGAGGGGGCCCUUCUAUCCUGGUUGCAAGGUUUAUGUUUGGAGACCCGGUAAAAAGAAGGAUGAUGGUUCCAUGCCGUGGUUUUGGCGAGGUCCGGGGACGGUCAUUGGUGCCAGUGGUAGCGACAAAGUGUGGGUUUCUUUUGGUACGAAGGUGCUGAAAUGUUCACCCGAACAGUUGAGACGGUUGAGAAGUGAAGAUGAAGCAACAAUUCGGCUCAUUCCUCAGGAGUUGAUAGACUGGUCCCAUGUCACAUCGAAGCGUGGCGUAGCUACAUACCACGACAUAUCAGCUGACGGACGACCUCCGAGUGAAGAAGCUGAAAGUGGACGGGACUACUGGGAGCUCAACGGUAUUCUCCUACGGAGGAUACAUGUGCAACCACGACAGCAUUUGUACAUCCCCUUGGCAGCUGACGAACCGCCGGUCGAACUAGACCUCAUCAACAGUCGUCGGAAAACAAUGAUCAAUUAUCAAAAUCUGAUAGCUGUGAAGAAGGAGCAGUUUGAUGAUUGGAGAGAGGUUGGGGCUGGUGAGAAACAGGACCCAUGGACAGGCUGUACUGUGUUCACAAUCAAAAGAAGACGUGAAGAGCAUGAGCAACCAGAGCUAUCAACAGAGAGAUAUGCUGACCCAGGACCUCAGCCUAUGCAGAUUGAGGAAGAGGCAGCAACAGACACCCCAAAUAGCAUUAGCUAUACACCCACCGAAGCACCAGAGGUAGAGCCAAUGACCAGUGUGGAAGAGGUGGACAACAAUGUUCCAUCUCCUGCACUAGUGGAACAGCCAGCACACGUGAACGAUUCCGCAACGGCAAGUGCAUAUGGCCCAGUUCGCGAGACUCCAUUGACCAGGGCAAUGAGGCAAGACCUCAGCAGACUGGACACAGGCAGACGACCACAACGUCCAGGCACAGAAGCACUGCAAGCAGAGUUGCAGAUAGGUCAAUGGACAGACAGAAGCAGGCAUUGGAAGAUUUCAUGGGAUGAUGGCGUUUUGAUUCGACUGCAUGGUCAUCAAAGAGGGCCAUACCGGCCAUGUGAGAAGACGUGUCCAGUCCCUCUGCAGUGGCUGACAGGUCGAAGAUAUUCGCUGAUCAGAACGGAUGAGGGUGAUGGCUACAAGGUGAUUACCGAUGACAACUACCUGAAGCCACAACAACAUCAUCCAGAGUUGCAUCAGUGGACAGGCUACUCUGUCUUUGAGAUCACGACACCAGAGUUGGAAACUACAUUUCCCACCGAUGAACAUGAAGUAUACGAAACAACAGUGUGGGAAGGCCUCAAGGAUGACACAGAAGUUAUCCUGGAGGAAAGCAAACGAACAGAAGUUGAGAAGCUGUUCAAAUACAAAGCAAUGAAGAUCAUACCUCCAGCAGAAGCACAGCAGAUCAGACGCAACAAGGGGCGCAUCCUUCCGUCGAGAUUUGUGAUCACCGAGAAGCCCGAUGACAAGCAACCUGGAAAGUUCAAGAAGAAGAUACAUCGAAAUUCCGAUGGGUUUGUGAUUGAGCAACGUGAAUAUGCAGAAAAGCUGAACACCAUCAAGAUUACCCGAGAGAGAAAAAGAGACAAAGAACAGCCACUGAAUGAAAAAGAGAAGAGCCAGCUACGAGGUGUGGCAGGCGGCUUGAAUUGGUUGUCAACGGCAACAAGACCAGACCUGGCAGCCAUGACGGCAAAGAUACAACAGAACAUACAGAAUGGUACAGUGGAGAACAUUGGUGAAGCAAACAGAGCAGUGGCAGAAGCGAGAGAUUUCAAACAUGUUGCAGUGAAGGUGGUGCCGAUUGACUUACAAGAACUCACCAUUUUGGUGACAGCAGAUGCUUCCUGGGCUACGGAAAGUGACCUGAAAAGUCAGUCAGCAUACAUGGUAUGCGCCACCACCAAGGCAAUGCAUGGAGGCAAGAUCACCCCGGUGACUCCGCUAAAGUGGAAGAGCCAGAAACAGGACAGGGCAGUGAGCAGUACAUUGGCCGCUGAGCUCUACACUGUUUCGAAGGGUGUGGCCGAAGCAAUUUGGACAAAGCAGUUUUUCUUGGAAGUUUUGAAUUCAGAAUACAAUUUGGACAACAUUGAACAGCUGGCAAAACAAGUUGAUGUGAUAGCAGUGACCGACAACAAGUACUGCUUUUACGACGAGACAUCAAGCAACAUCAAGUUCACAUUCGCUGGAUAG